AUGCCGACAGAGAGCGUAGUGACGCCUGGUGUAAUUCUAGGAACCUUGGUGUUAGGAACGAUAAUUAAGUUUAUCGUGACUUCGAUACUAAGUAGACGCAGAAAUGGGUUUCAUUUGGUUGGUACAGUUACUCGUCUCAGUGUUUUCCCGAUCAAGUCGUGCGCUGGUUUCGCAGUCGACAACGGAGUGUGCACGGAAAUAGGGUUACUGGUUCACGGAAUAACCGAUAGGCACUGGGUUGUGACUGACGCAAAGUUUAACGUUUUGUCUCAACAACAAGCACCAAAAUUGGCUAUUGUGAAAGUGGAAUGUCAAGGCUACGAACUAGUUAUCAACGCAACGGGUAUGCCGACUCUGAAACUACCGACUGAUUGUCCAGUAGACCAGUCUAAAAUUGUAAUAUGCAAUACUGGCAAGAACACGCUGGAGGGUUUGGACUGUGGUGAUGAGGCGGGCGCGUGGUUCAGCGCCUAUCUACACAGGGAAGGACUCCGCGUGUUACACUCAGCUCCGGGACUCAGGAAAAAGAGACAUAUCCACCGAACGCCGGACGCUGCGUUCAGUGAUUUCUGUGCAUACCACGUGCUUCCGGAAAGUUCGUUCGCACGACUCGACGAGAGACUGGAUGAACCGACAACUAUCGAGUGUUUCCGACCUACAAUCACUGACGAAUGGUCUGAAAUUCGUUUUGGUGAAACAACCAAACUGAGGUGCCUCUAUCCUACACCUAGAUGUACGAAGGUGACCGUUGACCAAGUCACUGGCGUUAAAAACCAAUCAGGAGAACCUCUGACCACACUGAGAAGCUUUCGUUGUUUCCCGCCAUACGGCCAGUCACCGCUGUUAGGAGUAAGCGCAGCAAUACACACGCCUGGGAGAAUUAAUGUCGGAGAUCCAGUCUACGUAAAAAGGAAGUGA